AUGUAUCUUUUCUUAGAAUAUUACCUGAGAUUGGAUGAAAAAGCCUUGCGGCCAUCUUUGCGUCAUCAUAUUGCACACUUUUGUCCCAACUUAGACAUAGCAAGAAAAUGUAUAAGAAAAUGUAUGGAACGUGGCAAACCAGCGUUCUGCGGUAAAGAUCACGUUUGCUACUGCGGUCAUAAGUACGACUCGUAUCACCAAGAUGUUCCAGUCAAUGUCAACGACACAUACGCAGCAUUUCAAGAUUUGUAUGAAAAAUAUUUUGGUCCGCGAAUUGACCCGGAAAGUAGUACCACUACGACUGAUAAAAAUAAAACUUUAUUGAACACCAGUAAGACCGCCACUACUAUUGAUAGCAACGAAAGUGGGUCUAAAGAAAGUGGGUCAAAGGAAAGUGGGUCCAAGGAAAUUGAGUCCAAGGAAAGUGGGUCCAAGGAAAGUGGGUCUAAGGAAACGGAGUCUAAGGAACCUGAGUCUAAGGAAACUCAUUCUAAUGAAACUGGGUCUAAGGAAACUGAUUCUAAGGAAACUGGGUCUAAGGAAACUGGGUCUAAGGAAACUGGGUCUAAGGAAACUGGGUCUAAGGAAACUGCGACUACUACGGAAAAUGCAGCUAUCGAAAGUGAGACUACGAGUACAACGAGUGCGCCACCGUAA